AUGGCUCGCCCUCUUCUGCAAAAAAUGCAUCGAUUUGUUGAGUUCAUCAACUCAGGCGAUGAAACCAUCGGACGGGAGGUUGUUUCCGAAGUAGCCGUGUUCCACGUUCCGUUUUCGGAUCAACCUCUGAGAGGGUUGUCUGGGUAUAUGCAAAUCCUUGGUAUGAUGCGCUCCGCCUACCCAGAUAUCCAGUGGACACUUGACGAUACUGUCAUCGAGGACGAUAGAGUUGUAGCGCAGUUUACUCUACGUGGAACUCACGAAGGCGAAUUCUUUGGUGUUCCGGCUUCCGGGAAGAAAAUCCAGGCACGAGCUAUGAACAUCUAUCGAUUCAGGGAUGGAAUGAUUGUGGAAGAGACUGGUUUGCCUGAUUUGUUUGGGAUAAUGCUGCAAAUUGGGGCUAUAAACCCGCCAGUUGCUCAAUAA